AUGGCUAAGGACGAUGAAACCCCCACUCCACCGCCUCCUCUGCCUUCGACGGAGUACCAUCCGGCUCUCUCCGUCAACAACAUCAAGAAUGCUAUCCCUGUAAUUCUUGAUCGGGAAAAAGUUCAAUACUCUAAUUGGGUGGAGUUGUUGUUUGAAGUCCAUUGUCAUGCAUUUAAUGUCCUCGAUCAUAUUGAUUCGACCGUUGCAAAACCAACUGAUAUUUCAUCAUCGUUGUGGCUACGCCUUGACUCCAUUGUCAAGCAAUGGUUAUAUGGAACCAUCUCCAUUGAUCUUUUGCAUACCGUCCUUUGUAGAGGAGAUACCGCUCAACAAGUAUGGAAUAAGUUGAAAGACAUCUUCUAG